GACCCAGCUGCAAAGGCGGCCAAGAAGGUCGCUCCGGAUGCCAAGGCCGUCAAGGCCCCCAACGCUGGUGACCCCACGGCCGCCGACCUCAAGCCUGCAAAGGCGCCCAAGAAGGCUGCCAAGGCCAAGGCCCGGGCAGCCUCCCCAGAGGAGAUCAAGUUGCAGGCCCAGCGGGUCUUCGCGAGAAGGAUGAGGCCCAAGACCCCAGCCGCACUGGAGGUCUGGGACGUCAUCGUGAAUGUCUGGAAAAUCGCCCCGAGCCUGCAGUUCAAGCACAACAUGAAGUCGCAGUACCAGUGGUGGGACACAGCCCACGCCAAGGUGCACAGCAUGCCAGGGGCGCGCACAGCCACGGCAAUGAAGGACACACUCCUCAUGCUGGCACCGGUGUUUUUGACCGGGUUUGACCCGGCCGAGUAG